UCAGUAUCGCACAAACAACACUAACGGAAACAUCAACGUGAAAGCGAGACGGACGCCCUCCGUCCCGUUAUAUGCUGUGUCUGUCUUUAAUAUAUAUAUAGUUAAACAAAAUAAAAAUAUCAAAUAAAAAACAAGUGCAAGCAAAGAGAAAAGCGCCCAAUGCGGCCAAUGGAAAUGCCAAAGAAAAUGCAGCAGCUACAAAUUCGACAACAAAUGCAAAUGCGACAGCAACAGCAGAAGAAGCAGCAGCAGCAACAACAUCAACUGCAAUUUCUCAACACAUAAGUCCACCGAAUUUUCCGUCUUUGUCGCGCGCGCUCACACAUAUACAAGCACACACAUCCAUACACGGAGACACAUGCAUGUGCAUAAAUGGCAAUAUGGACGAACAGCAGCAGCAUUUGCGUUGUAUACCAACACAGUGACACGCGCGUGCCAAAUAUUGCCGAUUUUAUCACACGAACAACAACAACAGCAACAACAACACCAGCGGGACCAGCUAUUAACUAAAGGAGCCAUUACAACAACAAUAACAAGAUCCAGCAAAGCAACAACAACAACGAAAGCAACGAACAUUGCUGGAAGGCGUCGCAAAAUAUCAAAAUGUCAAUUCAGAAGCUUAACGACACCACAAACUCGGGCUACGUGAGUUCCGAGGAGACGGACUCGCUGCUGGUGAGCAGCUCGAAUCCGUCGAAGGGCGGCGGUCGGACGGCUCUGCUCCGCCAGGUGAAGAGUAACUCGACAAAUGGGCCAACGACGGGGGCGUCCACAUCGUCCUCGGGAUCGGUAUCGGGCGGCGGUGGUGGAUCCGGUUCCGGUGGCGGAUCAGCAUCGGGCUCAGCAGCUGGGGCUUCCAAGCCAACGCUAAUGCGUCAGGAUCGAACAUCCACCUACCUGACAAGUCCGCAGCAGUCGCAGCACGCGAGAAUGGGUUCCGAGGAGAGCAUGCGAGGUGGAGCCAGCGGAGCUGCCGGACACGACGAGGAUGUGGAACAGGGCCUGGUCCGUAGCAGCAUAGUGCCUGAUAUCGAAGUACACGAAGAGGACCAAGAGCAACACAGCCAGCAGUUAAAUGCAACGACGAUGGCAACGAUGACCAAUAACCAACAGCAACAGCAACCGACCAUAUCAAUUAUGAAUUUAAGCCUCAAGCCAGGCGAUAGCCAUAGCCAUAGCUCCAGUCCGGGUAGUCAUCCCAAUUUGGGCACCUCAUCAUAUCAGAAUCUGGCAUCGAGCAUACCGCCCAGCGUACCGAGUCGCUGCAGGGCGUGCCGCAAUUGCAGUCGACGUGCUUCCACCACGCCCACCACGCUGAUCGAUCGCUCCGCCUCCCGCGACAGUGUGAAAAGUGCCUUCCAGCAGGGCAAUCUUAGCGGCUCCAUGGCCAUUUGCAUAUCGAACUCGGCCCUGCCGCAGCAGCAGCAGUUGCAGCAACAGUAUCACCUGCAACAGCAACAGCAGCAGCACUAUCAGUUGCAGCAACACCAUCUGCAUCAGCAGCAACUGCAGCAGUCGCAGCAGCAGGUGCCGCCGGUGCUAAUCACAUCAUCGCCAACGAAUGGAUCACGGAUAAUACGGCAAAGUUCACAGCCGGAAUCGAGCAGCACGGCCAUUUGUUGUGGUCCCCAUUCCGCUUGCGUUGGCCACGCCCACUCGCACUCGCACACGGUACCGAAUGUUUCGCUGAAGCAGCUGCGCGAGAGUUCCGGCGAUGGAAUCGCGGGCAUUGCAGCCGACUCUCUGCGGAUCAACGGUGGCAUGCGGCCCUUCAAGCAGCUCCGCAAACCGGCGUCGACACUCUCAAUUCCUGGCUCGAUGAAAACACCUUCCAUUGCGAACCGGGAACAGAUCUCAUCUGGAUGCAACGAAGAAGCGGCCGAGGCACUAGUGGGUAUCCACUCAGACUACCCUAGGUAUGAAAUGUAUAUGGAAGAACGUGCUCUUACUGGCGGCAAUACGUCCAGGAAGCCAUCAACAAACUCGGCCAAACACAAACCCAAUGUGGGCUAUCGCCUGGGAAAGAGGAAAGCCCUCUUCGAGAAGCGCAAACGGAUCAGCGAUUACGCCCUGGUCAUGGGCAUGUUCGGGAUCAUCGUGAUGGUUAUCGAAAACGAACUGAGCAGUGCCGGUGUCUACACAAAGGCAUCGUUCUACUCGACAGCGUUAAAAACCUUAAUAUCUGUUUCGACUGUGAUUCUUUUAGGACUUAUAGUAGCUUACCAUGCUUUGGAAGUGCAGUUAUUCAUGAUAGAUAACUGCGCUGACGAUUGGAGGAUCGCAAUGACAUGGCAACGAAUUAGUCAAAUAGGGUUAGAACUUUUUAUAUGCGCUAUACAUCCAAUUCCUGGCGAAUACUAUUUCCAGUGGACGACGAAAUUGGCCAAUAAGAAUAAAACAAUUGGCACCGAAAUGGUGCCAUAUGACGUAGCUUUAUCAUUACCUAUGUUCCUUCGAUUAUAUUUAAUCUGCCGCGUAAUGCUGCUGCAUUCAAAGCUAUUCACAGAUGCAUCAUCACGGAGCAUUGGCGCUCUCAAUAGGAUUAAUUUUAACACAAGAUUCGUUUUAAAAACUCUAAUGACAAUAUGUCCGGGAACGGUUCUAUUGGUCUUCAUGGUCUCGCUGUGGAUCAUCGCAUCGUGGACGCUGCGUCAGUGCGAAAGAUUUCAUGAUGAAGAACACGCGAAUCUUUUGAAUGCAAUGUGGCUGAUAGCGAUAACAUUUUUGAGUGUUGGUUUCGGUGAUAUUGUUCCGAAUACGUACUGUGGACGUGGUAUCGCUGUCAGUACAGGAAUAAUGGGCGCCGGCUGUACGGCUCUACUGGUGGCCGUAGUCUCUCGGAAACUGGAGCUGACCCGUGCUGAGAAGCAUGUGCACAACUUCAUGAUGGACACGCAGUUGACGAAACGGCUGAAAAAUGCUGCGGCGAAUGUUCUGCGUGAAACUUGGCUCAUUUACAAACAUACAAGACUAGUAAAACGGGUUAAUCCCGGCCGUGUAAGAACCCACCAAAGAAAGUUCCUUCUAGCUAUAUAUGCGUUGCGAAAAGUUAAAAUGGAUCAGCGCAAACUAAUGGAUAAUGCAAACACAAUAACUGACAUGGCUAAGACACAAAACACGGUCUACGAGAUAAUAUCGGACAUGUCUAGCCGUCAGGAUGCCAUCGAAGAGCGUUUAACCAACCUAGAGGACAAAAUGCAGAGCAUACAAGAGCACAUGGAAAGCCUUCCAGACCUAUUGUCUCGAUGUCUGACCCAGCACCAGGAGCGGAUCGAGCAGCGGCGGAACUUUUUACAUCCUGACACAGCUGCAGUUGCCCCCAUUCAAGCGCCAACGCCCCAAUCGAUGUUCAAUGCAGCGCCCAUGCUGUUUCCACAUUCUAGCUGAAUAUCAGAAAGAGAGCGCUCCAACUCCGUGAUUAACAUCGAGAUGCUAACAAUAAGGCCGGAUCGAUUCUGGCCAACCUCAUUCGCACCCCAAAAACCAACAUCAACAUUUACAUCAACAUCAAUGUCUACGUCAAAGUGUAAACCCGAAUUCGAAGUGGCCGAGACAGCGCUGAGGCAACGCGUGCUAUCGCCGUCGUUAUCGGAGUUUCAAUCGAAAUCGCAAUCGAGACCAUCGUCACAAACGCAAGAGCACAUUUUGCAAAGGGAGAUCAUACCGAUGGUACCGAUCAUACCGAUCAUACCAGUGAUACCGGAGGACGCCGAAUCGUUGGGAAACACCAAUACGAACAGCAACAGUUCGCCCGAUCAGCAGAAUGUGCCCAUGACUAUAAGUACAGUACCGCCAUCGAGUUCAGCGCCCGCAUUCACAGCGACCGGAAGCGGAGGUUCGGUGACCGGAACUAGCGGUGGCAUUGUGAAAUCGAUAACGAUGAACGAACCGAUUACGACGGGGAGCGGCAAGCCGAUUGCCUCGAAUAAGUUUACUAGGAAAAGAGAACGUGUAUGCAAUAAUAGUAGUUAAUAGUAGUAGUCAUAGUUAUAGUAAUAAUAGAGGUAAAAGUAAUAUUAGUAAUUCUACAAGUCGAAUUUCGAACUCGGCCUUUUGUAAAUAAGCCUCUUCGAGAUGAGAAAAAAGUCAAAUGUUAGCAUAUACAUAUUAAUAUACAGAAUACACACACUAUGUAUCCUAUAUCUGUAUACGGAUAUAUAUAGGCCUCCCCACAAAACAUCCAAAAAGAAAGCAAAAAAACAAUAAGCGAAAACCGAACAGAAUAUAUGUAUACAUAUAUAUGUCAUUGUGUAACUUUUUUUUUUUGUCUAAGUUUUAGGCUAAACGUAUUUGUAAUAUUUCACCUUGGGCCAAGGCAGCCUGUACAUGCAUACUAAAAUACUUAACAUAAUAUAGCAUGUAGGGGGGAGUGUAUGUGUGUGUAUGUGCAUGGGAGUGUGCGAAUGCGAGUGUACAGGACCAGAUUGGUAAGGAAGUUAGGUCAUAUGUAGGACAUAGAUCGUAGGGCACCAGCAUGUAGAAUCCACGUAUAUAAACGCUCAGAAAUAGCAACAGAAAUAGCAAUAGCAAACCUUAAAGAUCUGGCACCAAAAGUCCAUAACAGUAAAUUCGUAUAUCCCUUAAAGAACUGCAACCCCCAGCACUUCCGCUUCCGGUGCAGCGCCAACCAACUGCAAAACAUCCACGAACAUGGCAAAUUCUCGUGUCCGUCUGUCUCGAAUUUGUGUGCAUAUAUAAAUUGUAUCCGAAGGAUGUGUGUCUGACCUGACUGUGUGUGCGAGGCAAGUGAAAGCAUAAGCAUACGAGGAACCCAUUAAAGCCCCCAACAAUUAUACACAAAACGACGCAUAACAACAAAAAAAAAAAAAGAACUACAAGAACUAAAUCCCAAAAGAAGAACAAUGAAAAACUAUACUAACUGUAAAGUGCAUGUUGCGAGAUUUAGAAAACAGCAAAACCAGAAAACCAAAAACUAAGAGAUAAUGAAACAAAUGAAACCCCAAUAACCGAGAAUAAACGAAAAAUAAACACACAAGAUGUAAGUUCUUACUUAAUAUCUACAUACCAUACUAUGUAGAUCUGGCUUUAACUAAACUAACGAAACCAAUUUAAAGGAAACAAGUUUGUUGUUGUCUUCUUUUUCUACACAUAUAUUAAAAUAUAUAUAGUAUAUAUACAUACAUAUAUAUAUUUUCGUUGUUGCUGUUUUUCGCCCAUUCUUUUCUACCAAGAAUUAUGAACUCAAUUAAGAACCUGAAUAGCUUUUGAAUGAAGUUAAAGACGAAGAUUACAGUAGCGUAGACUAAACUGAGUAAACAAAUGAGAAGAAAAGAAGUCGCAAAACGAACUAUUUAGUAUAGUCUACAUACUAAAGUGAACAAUUUUAAUUGGAAUUUUUUGUAACAUAUUAAAGUAAAUCCCAUUAAUAUACAAGCUAGCUGGCAAAUGUGUAACAACAACGGAACAAACAACAAGCUCCAGAUAGAAAAUAAUAUUACCGAACCGAAGUGUACGGAAGCGAGUUGAUAGAGCAGUGUAUAGUGUAGACAUAAUAGCAGAAGUGGCCGAGCUACGUAAAGAUUUUCUAAAGAUUCUAAAAGGAACAUUAUAUAUACUAUAUAUAUAUAUAUACAUAUACUUACUAUAAAGUAUUAACUGAGAGCAUCGAAGUUAUUUAAAGUAAAAAUCAAAGCAAGAAAACAAACAAUUAGGUAAUGUGCAACCUUCUAACGCUUUGUUAGGUUCCCAAGUUUCCAAAUUGAAGACAAAUGAGAUAUACAACUGAAUUCCCCGAAUAGUGCCCCCCACCAUCCAGCUCCCCAAAAUUCCACCCAUCAUCGCACAAACUCCCCAUUUCCCCCGUCAGUGAGACAGACUCUGCAUAUUAUACUGAACCAGGGCCAGAAAGGAUCAAAAUAUCUGUAAACUGUAGAUUAUAUAGCCAUAGGAUGCAGUCCACUUUAAGCCAACUAAGAGUAUCGGAGUUUUAACACAAUGAUUUACCACAUCUCCAAGCCCCUGGCCUAAGUUUUGAUUUAUGAAAACGAAACUACCCGCUACCAAAAAAAGUUUCCCAACUGUCUGAUAGGUCUUAACUUAUAUGUAUUUGUACAACUAAAGGCCCAGACAAGAAAUGAAAUGAAAAAGGAGAACAAGGAACAAGUAACAAACCAACUAAAUGAACCCUUAAACAAAUGUGUGUAUACCUAUUUAUAAUAUUGAAUAUUUAAAUUGAAAUGAACGUUCAAGACUGCUGUCAAAAUAGCUUUAUCACAAUAAUUAACAAAGAUCUACACAAGACGAUAACACACCAGACACAACAGAACAGAACAAAACAGAACAGAACCGAUCAGAACAAUACUAAGGAUAUCAUAAUCGAUUAUCGAAUCGAAACAGUUUAUCGAACCGGAAACACACAGCAACACACAGAUUCAGAUACGCGGUAUGGAAUGCGGCCAGCUUUAACGUUAUGUAUUCAUGCAUAUUUGGGUUUCAAUUCUACAACAACUUAAAACGAAUACGCAGAAUAACACCGUUAUUGAUCGAUAUACAAUUAACGAUAUAUGGAGUCGAAUCAAAUCGAAUCGAAUCGAAUCGAAUUGAAUCGAAUUGAAUUGAAUUGAGUAAUUGGUGCAAGAUCAAAUUCCCGUUUGAACUGGUUUCCUAAGCCCAACCAAAUACCUUUUAACACGAGAUAAAAACCAAAAACUUUGAUAUGAGGGACCGAAUUUCCAAAGACAGGUCUUUAUUAUACAAAAUACCGAAGCAGAAGCAAACCAACUAACAAUGAAUUCCUAAGUAACAACAUUUAACAGUAACAAUUUAUAAUACGCAAGAUUUUAAGCCGCCUUAGAGCUGGGUUCCAAAAAAAAAAAAAACAAAAAAAAAACUAAGGCACACAUUGAAGGAUCGUAUUGCACCAUGUCCUUGGUUGACUUUCGUAGCAUUUUAGGUUCGAGUUCCAUGUCCAGCUUUGUGUUACAUUGUCCAUUUGUGUUUUUUUUUUUAAACUAGACUCACAUCGAAUCGAAUUGAAUCGAUAAAUGUUGUAUACUUUCUUUUCCUCAGCGAAUCGUAGAGCUCAAGGGGUACUUCGAGAAUCAUGCUUCAACAACCGUAACUCUUCUAGCCAAACCAGGUCCAAUAGAACAUACAUAUGUAUGUACAUACGUGUGUAUGUAUAGCCCAGUCAAUGCCAAUGCUAAUGAAGAACUGGAUUCGUGUUUUCGAAAACGUUUCGAACCGGAUUGUGACGAAGCAGCCAUUUUGGUGUAUUUACACGAUAGAAUCUAGAAAUGGGUCCUUCUCCCAAAAAUAUCCCCCACACCCCAAAUCCCUCCUCUCGUGCGCCCAACUAGAUCGGGGUAUGCAAAAUAUAUAUGGUUACAUAUACAAUAUCUAGAUAUACAACACACAUACAUAUACUCGUAUAUACAUGUACAGACGGUCAAUGAGGUGUAUACCCAACAGCCCAAAAGCCAGAAACAAAAAAAAAAACCCAAAAGAAAAUAAUAAAAAAAAAAACAAAACAAAAAAAAACACACUAAUAAGAUCAUAUUUGACUUUAUAUGUAUUAUAGUAAUGUAUUCAGUAGCUAAAUCGAAAGCCGAAGCAAAGACCAAUUUAUUAACAACAAACUAAUAAGGAAAACCCAACUGGAAAACAAUUAUUAUGUUAAACUAAACAAUAAAAACAUAAGAGGAAGGCGAAACAAUUUUUUAUGGAGAAAAAAAGAUGUGAAAACAAAAGAGAAGUAAUGAAAGUAAACUAGAAUGCGUUGCAUGAAUUAAACGAAGUGGAGAAAAACUAAUAGAAAGCAAAACUUGAAUAAAGCUAAACAAAUGUCAACUAAAACCAAACUUUAACUAAACCUACACUAAUGCUAAAACUAAAACUAAAAUAACAUUAAAUUAAACCAACUAAAAGAAGGACGAUUUAAUUUCUAAAAGAAAUAAAGUAAGAAACUAAACUGAAAAAAAAAAAACAACAGCAAAAAUUCAGUGACUAAUGAAAUAGUUUAUUUUGAAUUUACUGUAUUGUAUAUUUAAAUUUAACAAGGGAAACAACCCCCCCAAACAAAGUAUAUUGUUAUAUCUUAUCGAGGAACCGUGUUUUGCAAAAGCUUUAAUAUAAUAUUUAGGGUGCCUACAUUUGCUAAAUUAGUAUUUUACGAUUUAAAAACCAAGGAACAAACCAAAAAAAAUAUAAGAAAAAAAAUGAAGAGAAAAUAAAUACAAAUACUAAAACCAACACCUACAUACACGAAAUAGUGAAAAGCUUGAUUAAAACGAACCCAAAAAGUUAGGAGCCUCGAUUUCCAAAACGAAAUACACUGAAUAUAGAGAAACCGAAAUCGAUACCAAAACAAAUUAAGAACAGCUAAAGCAAAUAUUGUAUUUGUAUUUGAGAUAUGAAUUUUAAGAAUGUUUAUUAGACUUACGAUUUGUUAUUUUGUAUACAUAUAUAUAUAUAUAUAUAUAUAUAUAUAUAUAUAUUAUAUGUAUUAUGUAUGUAGUAUAAACUGAUCUGAUCUGAAGACGAUUGUAAUUGUUUUUUUUUUUUGCUCAUUAAGCAUUUACCUCAUAAGAAUUCCCACUAUUUAUAGCAAAUUUACCAUAUUACAUAAAUCAAUUGCUGUACUGUUAUAAUGUACGAUCCCCAAGAAAGCGAAAAGCAACAAGAAGAGCCAUUAAAUGAAAGAGAUCAAUGGAAGUCGAGGGGAGAUAGGAAAACUCAUAAAAUUGUAAAUUAUUAAUUAAUAAAGAAACCAAAGAGAAUAAUUGAAAUUUUAACAAUAAUAAAGGGCUUUGUAUGAAAGAAAAACAAACAAAAACUGAAUAAAAAUGAAAUAAAAAUAAAAGAAAAUC